UGCCGCGGAGGCUGGCGGGCUUGACGUCCCUCCGGGCUGUAAGUGCCUGGCUGACGCCGUGACGGUCGGGUCGGGGGCUUUGGCCCGUCGCGGCUGCUCACUGGGAGGCGACGCUGGACACUUCUUCAGGCUAGAAUCGUCAACACUUCGUCUAUGAGUGCUUUUCCCAGCCGGGUGAAAAUUGUGGAAGUUGGUCCCCGAGAUGGUCUACAAAAUGAAAAGAAUAUUGUACCAACUGCAGUGAAAAUCAAGCUUAUAGACAUGCUUUCUGAAGCUGGACUCCCAGUUAUAGAAGCCACCAGCUUUGUGUCUCCCAAGUGGGUGCCUCAGAUGGCUGACCACGCUGAAGUCUUGAAGGGCAUCCAGAAAUUUCCUGGCAUCAAUUACCCAGUCCUGACCCCAAAUUUCAAAGGCUUCCAGGCGGCGGUUGCUGCUGGAGCCAAGGAAGUGAGCAUCUUUGGAGCUGCUUCAGAGCUCUUCACUAAGAAGAACAUCAACUGCUCCAUUGAUGAGAGUUUGCAGCGGUUCAAUGAAGUCCUGAAAGCAGCUCAGGCAGCCAAUAUCCCUGUGCGCGGUUACGUCUCCUGCGUGCUUGGAUGCCCCUAUGAAGGGAAGAUCUCCCCCGCUAAAGUAGCUGAGGUCUCCAAGAAGUUGUACUCAAUGGGCUGCUACGAGAUCUCCCUGGGUGACACUAUCGGUGUGGGCACACCUGGCAUCAUGAAGGACAUGCUGUCUGCUGUCAUGCAAGAAGUGCCAGUGACUGCCCUUGCUGUCCACUGCCAUGAUACCUAUGGCCAGGCCCUGGCCAACACCUUGAUGGCCCUGCAGAUGGGUGUGACUGUUGUGGACGCUUCUGUAGCUGGACUUGGAGGCUGUCCGUAUGCACAAGGGGCUUCAGGAAACUUGGCCACCGAAGACCUUGUCUACAUGCUCACUGGCUUGGGCAUUCAAACGGGUGUGAACCUCCAGAAGCUCCAAGAAGCUGGGGCCUUUAUUUGUCAAGCCUUGAACAGAAAAACCAGCUCCAAAGUGUCUCAAGCUACCUGUAAACUGUGAGCCCCUUGCACUGACCACCCCACUCCACCCCCCAAGCUCGGGGACUGUGGGUAUAGGGGCACAGCAUCGAUAAUUCGCAGAUGGCAAGUGAAGAGGGAAUGAAAUGAAAAGAGCUGGCAGUGCCUCACAGCCAGCUCUGCACACAGGCAGAAAGGAGGGGAGCAACAGGCCCUCCUGCCAGACCUGUGUGUGAGAGGCUGCAGUCUCAGGCGCAGCAGUGUGCCUGAGAACUUGGGAAUCAGUUCCCUAGCUCUGGUCUCCAGUAGACAAAGUCUGUGUGUGGAUGUAAUCUUCUAGUUGGCUUCACAGUUCAGCUGUGAUCUCGGGUCAUUGCUCUUCAAGGCAAAGGGGCAUGAAGUUGUUCCCCAAGCUGGUGACAGUAUUUGCUGGUGGGGUGAGAGUGAGCUGCAAUGGGGUCACCAACUCUCCAACACCUCUCUAAAAGUGAUUUUUGAAAACACCUUAUGUAAUUAAAAGUUUGAUGAGAAUCGUUCCAGUA